AGAGGCUGAGACUAACCCAGAAACAUCCAAUUCUCAAACUGAAGCUCGCACUCUCGCCUCCAGCAUGAAAGUCUCUGCAGCACUUCUGUGCCUGCUGCUCAUAGCAGCCACCUUCAGCCCCCAGGGGCUGGCUCAGCCAGCUUCUGUCACAACCACCUGCUGCUUUAGCCUGGCCAAUAGGAAGAUACCCCUUCAGCGACUGGAGAGCUACAGGAGAAUCACCAGUGGCAAAUGUCCCCAGAAAGCUGUGAUCUUCAAGACCAAACUGGCCAAGGAUAUCUGUGCCAACCCCAAGAAGAAGUGGGUGCAGGAUUCCAUGAAGUAUCUGGACCAAAAAUCUCCAACUCCAAAGCCAUAAAUAAUCACCAUUUUUGAAACCAAACCAGAGCCUGAGUGUUGCCUAAUUUGUUUUCCCUUCUUACAGUGCAUUCUGAGGUAACCCCAUUAUCAGUCCAAAGGGAAUGGGUUUUAUUUAAUAUAUAUAUAUAUAUAUAUAUAUAUAUAUAUUUUUUUUUUUUUUUAAAAAGAAAACCUAUUGCAUUUAAUUUAUUGAGGCUUUAAAACUUAUCCUCCAUGUAUAUCAGUUAUUUUUAAACUGUAAAGCUUUGUGCAGAUUCUUUACCCUCUGGGAGCCCAAAUUCGAUCCCCUGUCACGUGUGGGCAAUGCUCCCCCUCUCCUCUCUUCCUCCCUAGAAUCUUGUAAAAGUCCUGGCAAAGAUGAUCAGUAUAAAAAUGUCAUUGUUCUUGUGAACCCAAAGUGUGACUCAUUAAAUGGAAGUAAAUGUUUUGGGAAUACAUAAAGUAUGUGCAUAUUUUAUUAUAGUCACUAGUUGUAAUUUUUUUGUGGGAAAUCCACACUGAGCUGAGGGGGACGAAGACGGCUGUGGCCAAGAGGGGCUUGGUUAUGGGGGUGGGAACUGUGUCCCUGGGAAGUGACUUUUUGGCUUAGCUGGUCUUCAUUAAAAUGCAGGGUGAAACUGACAAACCCAUUCUAGCCCUCUAUUCCCAUUUUCAGUAGUAUUUCC